AUGCGUUUUUCGUCUGUAAUCGCGGGACUCUUGUUUGGCCUGGAGGCCACAGCCAUUCGGGUUGGGCCGAUUCAAGUGGGUCAAUUAGCUGCAGAGGCUCAGCAUGCAAAGUCGCAACGCAGCCUGUUCAAGCGUGAUGAUGAGCUUGAUCUGACCCUGCUGUACCCUGAACGCAACCUCUCGGUGCCCGUUGAUUUCUUCCACAAUGAUACCCGUUACGAGCCUCACUCAAACGGUUCUUUCAACCUGAGAUAUUGGUUCGAUGAUACUUACUAUGAGCCUGGCGGUCCCGUGUUCGUUCUUCUCGGGGGUGAGACUGAUGGUGCUGGCCGUCUCCCGUUUUUGCAGAAGGGGAUUGUCCAUCAAGUCAUCAAAGCUACUAAGGGCCUUGGAGUCAUUCUGGAGCACCGUUACUAUGGUAAAAGCUUUCCUGUCGACGACCUGACGACCGAGAAUCUCCGCUUCCUGUCGACAGAGCAGGCACUUGCCGAAAUCGACUACUUUGCGAAAAACGUCAAGUUUGCCGGCCAUGAAGACAAGGAUCUUACUGCGCCAGCCACUCCCUGGGUUGUAUACGGUGGCUCAUACGCCGGUGCUCAAGCUGCAUUCUUGCGCAUCACAUACCCUGGGACGUUCUGGGGUGCCAUCUCUUCUUCUGGGGUCACAGUUGCUAUCUACGACUUCUGGCAGUAUUUCGAGCCGAUCAGACUAUUCGGGCCUCCCGACUGCAUCAAAAACACGCAGACUUUGAUUGAUGUCGUCGACAAGCACCUGCUGGGCAACAAUACCGCCAACAUUCAGUCGCUGAAGAACGUUUUUGGUCUAGGCGACAUCACAGACAACAGGGACUUUGCCAAUCAGUUGACCGGUGUUUAUGGGUGGCAGAGCACCAACUGGGACCCUGAGAUCAACGGGGCAUCUUUCUACAAUUACUGUCGCAAUGUCACGCAGUCUGUUGAUCGCGUUGAGCCAGCCACGGAGGGCCUGCGUCCUGCCGUCGCUGAUUUAGUAUCGGCGGCUGGCUACGGCAACGACACGCUCGUGCAAAACAUCACCUUAAAUGCUAUCAGCUGGACCAACUUCACUUCUCUUCCUGGCUGGCGCCGAUCCAACUACACCCAAGACCGCUAUUUUACGAUCCUCAACGAGACUGCUCAACAGCAAUUCACUGCUCUCGAGGACUAUGGAUACACCAGCUGGAGUUAUCAAGUCUGCACCGAAUGGGGCUACAUACAGACAGGCAACACGCCCGCGGACAUUCAGCCCUUGAUCUCUCGCACUCUUGACCUCGAGUACCUGACCUUUUUCUGCCGCGCGCAGUUCAACAUCACCACGCCCCCUGAUAUCGAAAAGGUCAACAAGUACGGCGGUUUCAAUGCUAGCUACUCGCGCCUCGCGCACAUUGGCGGCAACGCGGACCCCUGGCGCCCCGCUACGCCGCUGUGGUACCCUGAAGCCAAGGAGGACUCGAUCGAUGAGCCGUGGCACCUGAUCAGCCACGGUGUGCAUCACUGGGAGGAGAAUGGCAUCUUUGAUAAUGAGACGACCCCAACUCUGCCCCCGUACCAGGUUAUCUGGUCACAGCAGCAUUUGAAGAACUUUGUUAUCGAAUGGUUGGAUGAAUGGAAGGGCGGAUACCAGACUGAGCUUUGAGUUGCAUCACGGACCUUUGUAUUUCAGAGAAGCGCGCUUGAUGAAGAGUCAAUAAUGUUACUUGCUCCACGCGUAACAUUGGUUCCCGCAGACUUGUAGUAGAUACCUGCUCGAAGAAUCUUUCAGCGAACUCCACUGACUUGCUCGCUGCACCAGCUUCUAGGUUUAUGCUCUCAUCUUUGCGUGUGAUGACGUGACGAAGACGGCCAUUUCAGCGCAGUGCAUCAGAGCGUCGAUUUGCUCGCUGGCAGGUAGGUGCACAAAAUAUGGAUCCAAUUAGAAAGCUAAUUCAUCUCAAGG